AUGUCGAGUCGCAAAAGAGUAGUGAUACCGAUUACUGAUAAAAUAAAAAUCAUCGAGUCAUUAAAAAAAGGUGAAAGUGGUCGUUUGUUAGCCGAUAAAUAUGGAGUUGGUACUUCUACAAUAUCAGAUAUUAAGAAAAACGCUGAAUCAAUUUUAAAUUACAAGGUCAAAAUUGAUAGUCAAGAUGGAAGUAUUAAUCGGAAACCUAUGAAGGACCCGCCAAAUAAACUUUUAGAAGAUGCUGUGUACAGUUGGUUUUUACAAAAGCGACCAACGGGGCAACCGAUAUCAGGUCCUUUGCUCCGUGAAAAGGCAUUAGAUUUAAAUAAAAAAUUAGGUGGCAGUGCAUCAUUCUUGGCAAGUAACGGAUGGUUAUUAAAAUUUAAAAAUCGUCAUGGAAUUCGUGAAUUAGAAAUUCAAGGUGACUAUGAUUUAGACUUUGUCUAUAACGCGGAUGAAACUGGUUUAAAUUGGAAAUUGUUACCGUCAAAGUCAUUAGCUUCUCGUCAAGAGAAUUCUGCUCCAGGACGUAAGUCGAGUAUAGAACGAGUAACAAUUCUAGUUUGCGCAAACGCUUCUGGGAGUCAUAGAAUGCCUUUGCUUCUUAUUGGAAAGUCUAAGAAGCCCAGAUGUUUCAAGAACAUAAAAAUCCCUUUAAUUUAUAAAAAUCAGAAGAGCGCUUGGAUGGACACAAAGAUAUUUUAUGACUGGUUAUUAUCUGCUGAUGAUGACACUGAUGCACAAGUCGUUUUGACGUUUUUCAAACAGAUGAAUUUAAAGGAAUGUUGUUAUAUGCUUGUUAGUGCAUGGGAUCUGGUUCAAAGAAAAACAUUGAAUAAAGCUUGGAAUAAAAUACUCAACCGGAAUCAAGAAAAUCCAGCAGAAGAUACAGACAAUUUUGAUUCAGGGGAAAUCAGUGAGAUCAUAAAGAAUUUACAAAUAUGCCAGGAAUGCGAUUCUGAAGAUUUGGAAGAAUGGCUCAGUUGUGAUAGUAAUGAUCAAGGAUUUCAAAUCAUGUCAGAUGAUGAAAUUGUUAAUAAGUUAUUGCAGGCGAACAAUCAAAAGGAAAUUUGUGAAGACGAAACAGAAAAAAAUGAAAGUGAAGAAAAUGAUGCAGAGCCAUCUCAUUCAGAUGCAUUUCAAGCUCUAGAAACAGGUUUACAAUGGUUUGAAAAACAAGAAGAGUGA